AUGGUUGUGGUGGUCUCAUCGCGGAAGGAGCAGGACGCGGUGUUUCCGCAACUGCUGGCCGGGCUGCGGGGGAGUGACGCGCGGGUUCGCUGCACAUGCCAGCUGGUGGAAUUUCAGCGGGGUGCAGCGGACGUGUUGGUGACGUACGACUGGAUGUUGUGCGUGGCCGGCAGCGAGGACGAAGCGACGCACCGCCCUGUGGAGGUUGUUGUUAAUUUUGGCUUUCCACGUGCGUUGAUGGCGCCGGGGAGGGAGGAGAGCCUCCUGGAGUGCCUCGUGAUACGCACCCGCGCUCUGCUGCACCCCACCGCCACUGCCACUGAAACCGCUAACUCCGCGCAGGCGAACGACGGUGCGACGACUGCCUUUUUUGCGGAAGGUGGAGCCUUCGCAGGGGCGCAGCCGACGGUGGUGACACUUCUGACGGAGCGUCAACUGCACGGACGGUUUGGGCGGCUUUUGGCAUCGCGUGCACAGGCGAUCGCGUCGAUGUGA